AUGUGGCAGCCCUGGUUGGCUUUCAUCAAGGAAAAGAAGGCACGACUCCUCAGAAAUCAGCAAGUUGCGAAGAACUCGGAUCGCAUCUUCAACUCCACCGUGGAGUCCCGCCUCAAGAGCAGCGCCUCUGCAGACUGCCUUUGCCAGGUGCCAACUGAGACAACGAAAGUGGGCGAAGACGGGGAAGAAGUGCCUGUGACAGACCCCAGCGUCCACAAGCCACUUGUCUUUCCCAUUCUUUCUCCGUAUACGCACCUUUUCGAAGCUAGCGUGGUGACCAGAAGGGCCAGGAAAAGUUCAGUCACAGAAGCCAGAAAAAUCAAGCGCAACACACGGCAUCCCCGCAAGCCUGACUUUGCCAUUGGCUCUGCCAUCGUAAGCUACCACUAUGGCCGCGAUGGCAUGCAACGGCUGAGGCCUCACAUUGGCAAGUUUUGUGAUGCCAUGUGGAUGGACUUCACCAUCGACGGCAAGGAGGUGCGCAGCUCUGGGUACUGUGAGUGGGAGCUGUACCCGGAAGUGCCCACGAGCUCCGCUGUCCUGAGCUUCGAUGCUGCGCAGAAUUUAACAAGCGGGUCCACAGAACAAGGCAGUGUGGAGUGGAGCUCAAUGGGAGCACCUGCUUGGCUUUUCAAUGGUGAAGGGCACCUCGAGCUCAACCCGAAGAAGCUCGUGAGCUCUGAGUACACCAUGGCCGCGUGGAUCAAAGUGCCAUACUUCGAGGCAGCCAACGCUUCAGAUGCCGGGCAGGUGCGAAUCUUUGAUGCCAUGGGCAUCUCAGGAGAUUCCGAGCCUUGUCUUCAGUUGUCGCAGCGCCUCGAGCUGGAUGGACGACCGCCCUUUUGCACUGGAGACUUCCUCUGCAAUGGCACCGACCUGGUUCGGUGUUGCAUGGCUCCGACUUCCCCACUGAUGACCACAACAACCACAACGGCGACUCGCGGUGUCAACGAGACCGAGAUGGAGUACGAAGAGUGUGAUUGCAGCUGUGCCAUCAAUAUGACAGAAGAAGUUGAGGAUGAGCUGGGCACACCAUUGAGUCGUAAGAACAAGUGGGCGAUUGGGAUGCGAGCCUGUGAGAGCCAGGCCUCCUGGGAUAGCGGUGCGGACAUGAGCGUGCCUCGACACGGAUCAGAGUGGCUGCUGCUGGUCGCUGUGGGACGAGGCGACAUGGAAGGUCGUGGCACGACUACCUUCUACUCCUCUGAAUCCCUGGGUCCAGAAGUGAUCCGCUACACGCAAAACUUUGGCUGCGCAACGCCAGGCUGUGCGACCAGCUCGAUCUUUCGGGACAUCCCGCGUGAUCCAGCGCGAACAUGCGCCCUGGAAGUGGACGUGUACGACUACACGAACGAUCAAUACCACGUGAACCCAGAGGUGGUGGAGUACAUUACAGUUCGUGGCGGUGCGCCGGAGGUCAGCCGUACAGUCAGAGAGUAUUGCCACCCUGUUGCAUCCAACCAGCUUGAUCGACUGUACAAGUGCGUUCACAAGGAGAACCUGGACGCCUGGAUCUUGAGCCACCAGUCUGACCGCGCUGUGCGCAUAGACAUUAAAAUCUCCGACUUCGUGGACAUGUAUCCGAAAGAUGGCCUUCUCCUGAAUGGGAUUGCCACCAUCGCAUGUGCGCGAGUGGCUCUUCCUGGGCGGAGGCUCCCGAGGUCUGGCAGCAUCCAUGUGGUGGGCGAAGCGCCGAGGACUUGUGCAGGCUCCGUCCUUCAAGGUGUGGGUGGCACGGCUGGCAUGGCGGUGGACGGAAGCAUGCCCGAUACGUAUAUAUCGCAGGCAUGGAUGUGGGAUCGAGCCUUGAACGAUGACGAGCUCAUGGCACUCCACCUGGGAACCAGGACGCGCUAUCACCGGGACUACCAGAUCAACCUGCAGAAUGUCCAGGUUGUCCGUCCCGGGGCAGAGAUCAAAGCAAGUGGGAUCAUGCAAUGCAGCCAACCCGGCUGUCAAGCUUCGGUGGAGCUGUCGGGGCUCCCCACGAACGCGGAUGCAAGGUGCUUCCUAACUUUCGGCGUGGCCAUGACAGACUUUAGUGGCCCAGAAGAAGUCGUGGAGUACAUCGCGAUUGAUGACUACAACGUGGUGGAACGUUGCUGGCCUCAAGUCGACGGAGAUCCAGACAACAUGUAUUACUGUGCUGACAAGCUGGAUGUGUCUCAAGCCGCGCUUCGGGGCUCUUUCCUCAAGGAUGGCACGGCUCUUGUUUCGGCGAAGCUAUCUUCGGAGGUUGACAUCUUGGAGUUCCGCUUUCAGAACCGUUGGAUGCUGUACGCAGAGGUGGAGAUUCUCUGCAUCGGCGGAGUGGUGAGCAACGACCCGUUGCCAGACAUGGCUGUGAAGAUCGAGCCGGAGGCUCUCUUCCUCGUGAGCCUUGUUCGUUAUGCGGGCCAUGCCUGCCCGGACAGGAACCAGAUCAACAUUGCAGAGGCAGUUCUGCCACAGCACCGCAACCACACCAUCCCUGCCCAGAAGCUGCUCAACUUAGCCUGGUCCUUGAAUCUCCAGGCCGAGUUCUACGAGGACACCAUUUCUGAUGCUUGGCUGGCCAUCGACAUGGGCCUCACACAAAAAGCUGCCAUCCUCCGUUUCAGGGGGCAUUGGGACAUCGACUGCGUGCCCUCCAAGGUGGUACUGGAGUGGACAGAUGAUUUCAUCAGUUGGACGGAGAGGAUGGCUGCAGAAGAAACCGCGACAAACCAGGAGUUCACCGCUUUCACAGAUCUUUACGUCUCCCCCAACGCUGAGAACUGGACAAAUGGUGCUUUCUAUCAGGUUGCCUAUGUUGCAGAAUCCGAGAACAGUGUCAUCAUAGACGGCGUCACUCCAGGAUCGUUGUACAACAUUCAUUGUUGGUCCACUGAUGCAGCGAACAGCUCUGGCCCUGAGUUGAACCCCGUCGCAGUUACAACGGUGGACAUGAUAGGGCCAUAUCUGACGGUGACAGCCGUCUCAGCGGAGGACUUUAAUGUGACGGUCGGACUGGAACUCCAGGAUCCAGGGAAGGCCUACCCAGCCCUCUCGACCUGUGUGGCGCGAGAGAGCAUGGGUCUGGCUCUGCCGAACCAGAGCCAACUCUCUUCCAAGGGACAGCGCUGCCAGUACCUCCAAGUCCCACCUACGGACAGCGAGGCUGGGCGAAUGCCGAUGAUGGAAGUGUUCCGAUCCCGGCUGGAUGAUCAGACCACAGAGGUUCAUAUCCAGCAGUCUCAGUGGGGAGGUCCUCGCCAGGACUACCGCACUUGCGGUCUUCGGCAGGAGCCUCAUCAGGGCCCGGGUGGCUGCGUCUCCCGUGCUUCACACAGGAAGGUGAGCUUCGUGAUGACUGUCCGAGCCUACCAAGAUGUGCACUUCUUCGUUGGGGAGCCUGGGCAGUUGGGAUACGAAGUUUUGCUCGGUGGCUGGGAGAACACCCGAGUGACUCUGUCACGGGGCUAUGCCAGGGAACCAGCUAACGAAGAUCUCGGGCCACCGAUCGCUGUGGUGACUUACUCCACGCCGGACCAGACUCCCAUUCUGGAUCAGGUUCGCUUUCGGACGUGGUGGUUCGAUGCGGACCCGCAGACAGGGCUGAUUCGUGUGGGUGCUGAUGAGAUCAUCGGGCACAACAUUCUCAUAUCGUACAUCGACUCAUCACCUCUCGAUCACCUGAACUAUGUGACGGUCGGUGCAGGAUAUUGGAGUGCAGGUCCUUCGCGCAACGUCUUUGCAGAGGUCUACGUUUGCCCGAGGCCGGGCAACCUGCUACAGGGCCGGUACAUCCAAUCCUCCUCUGUUGCCUUUGGCGGGCUCGCAGAGAAGGCAGUGGAUGGAGCUUGGGGCGACAAUACCUUCUGUGAGUACUGCGCGGCGAACGAUCCGGUGCACGUCUGCGCCUCGACGCGCCGGCAGGACAACGUGAAUACACCUUACUUCCGAAUUGAUCUCGGCGACCUGCUCUACCGUAUCAGGGCCAUCCGAUUGGUGGUGCCAACGGAUGGCCGCCCAGAGCAGUCCGCUGAUUGGUCUGUCUUCGCAGCUCGGCUUCAGCCUGGGGCGGUGGGUACCGCCGGAAGCCGCCAGACCGACACGCUUUGUACAGUCAUUGCAGAUGCCACCGGCGACCAUGUAUGGCCAUGCAGCACAGUCAUCCAGGGCAGUUGGGUCAGCGUAUGGGGCAGCGUGACCCAGCUCCGAUCCCUGCCGGAACCCUUCGGGAUGCGAAUCUGCGAGAUUGAAGCCUAUGCCACUGCGUUCGACACCCGGCUCGAGGACAUUGUGAACAAGUUUGACAUGGCGGAGGGUCUGCCGACGCCGUUCUCGGACAAUGGCACCAUGCACCACGUGACGAUCGGUGGCCUCCAGCCGAAUCGCAGCUACGAGGUUUUCUGUUUCGGGGAGGAUGACUAUGGCAAUCAGAUGUACAGCCAGUCGGCGCCCGUCACGUUCCACACCACGGACACCACUGCACCAAAGGUGAACAUCCAGCACAUCUACCCGAGUGACCUGUCCAUUACGGUGGAAGUGAGCUUGAUGGACCCGGGGCAAAGCUAUCCUGCAAUGGCCCGAUGCAUGGCCACCACCAAGGACGGCAAGGCGCCCCAGGAGCACGAGAGGUACUUUGAGCAUCGGUUCUGGCGGCUGCGUUUCGACACCAGGUACACGAACCUCGACCGAGAGUGCGCAGAUCGAAUCCUCCUCCGGACGGUCCACCUGCAAUCUUGGGGUGGAGAGACCUUCAGGAACGCGAUGUUUGGUUCAGAUCCAACAUACCCCCAGGAUCAGAUUGGCCUUGAUACGGACUCGGAUGGCCUCGUUGACCUUGUCGAGAUCGCGCAGUGGUCUUUGCCAAUGGAAGACGCAUGGGUCGGCAUCGACCUGCAGCAUAGGCCCGAGGCUGAGCGCCGCGUCCGGGAUCAGGGAGUCCUCUUCGAGGGAGACCUGGCUGUGGCGAUUCGCUGGGAAGGCAACGUGAAUGAUCUGGACCUUGCGGUAGUUGGUCCAGGAGACGAAUACUUGGAGUUCAAUCUCACGGACGGGGACUAUUACCGAGUCAGCGAUUUCGGCGUCUACGCUGUGCAGUGCAACCCAGGAGACAAUUGCCCAGCGCCGAUCCUGAGCACUGUGUUCGUGCUUGCCACUGCCGGAAAGUAUGAUGUUCAG